AUGACGCCGUCAACUGUUGAUCUGCUGUUUCUGACGUUUAACUGCGCAAAGGCAUUAAUUAAUACUCCAGUAUUUGCCAACCACCUUGAGGCGGCAUUUGGGCAGAAUGCCACAGAUUUGCCAGACCUCAUUGUCUUGUCUCUCCAAGAAGUUGCUCCUCUGAGUUACGCUUUCAUCGGCGAUUAUUUUCUACGGCCGUACAUCGAACGUUUCGACACUGCUAUUAAUCAAGCUGCUUCCCAGCACGUGUUGAAGCACGAAGUGCCAGACUUGGUAUCGGCUACCGAACGAGCGACUCAGCGAAAGCGCUAUGAGCUGAUGAAAUCGAAAAAUGUUGGGUAUACCGCUAUUCUGCUGUUUGCCAAGGACUCGAGUCGCAUUAGAGAUAUCAAGGAAUCAGAAGUUGGGUUCGGCGCUGCCGAUAUGGGAAACAAGGGUGCCGUUGGUCUCAGAACCGUUUACGAUGCCGGGGAAAGUGGUUCUGCGGAGCUGACGUUUGUUGCAACACAUUUGGCAGCCAUGGAAUGGAAUCUGCCUCGGCGCAAUGCUAACUGGGCUUCCAUUAUGCGAUGCAUGACAUUUGGGGACCCGCUGCCUCUGCUCGAAUUGAUGCGUAGUGGGAGCCCUCCGCCAUCUGACGGCGGCACACAAGAGGAGGGUGCAGGGUUGUUGCAAGGCGAAAGAAAUCUGCCAGACUUUGAUAUGCUGCAGAAACAACUCCAGGAACUAUCAUUGUUCAAGCCCACGUCUCAUCUCUUCGUCGGCGGAGAUCUCAACUAUCGUAUAUCAACAAGCUCCCCGCCUCCCAACGCCGCCUUCCCAAGUCUGGAUGCAGGAUCAGAUAACUAUUACCCGAGAUUCUUCGAUUUAGACCAGCUCACUCGGGAAAAGGCGGCAGGCCGGACCAUGCAUGGCUUGACCGAGGCCCCGGUACACUUUCCUCCUACUUACAAAUACGAUGUGCUAGAGACCGACGGCAAGGAUGGCGACACGAUGGACCCUGUUCCAUGGAGAUUCGCCCCGCACCGCUAUCCUAGCUGGACAGACCGUAUUUUGUACAUGGACUUGCCCAGCUGGGUUGCUCCUGAGCAGGGCCGCAGCAUCAAGGUCCACGCGUACGAUGCUCUUCCGCUGAUGCGUACAAGCGAUCACCGACCAGUUUUUCUUCGCAUCGAAGCUCCCAUGCUGAGCUUGUCGGACUUGACACCGACCACAGAGUCGCUGGCCACCUCUACGGAUCCUCGAGUCCGGCUGCCGACAGAGCUGGACCCAGAGGCAUGGGAGCGUCGCGCAGCGGCGAGACGGCGCGAACUUCUCUUGGGCUGGAGCAUGUUCCUCUGGAGCACAAAAGAGGGUGCAUGCAUCCUGGCCACUUUCUUAGUUGCCUCACUUAGUGCGUACUGGGUCUAUCGCUCUGCAUAG